GCUCCUAAUUCAAGAGUAAAAACAGCAAGUUCUGGGAAUUUGCUGUCCUGAAGGAUGAGGGCACAGUUGGCUUGGGUCGAGGAAGUCCAGGACAAGACAGAGCGAUGCAUUUACGACUUGUGCUUCAAUCCUGAUGGAAGUCAACUUAUUGUCACUGCUGGUCAGCAAGUACUCGUGUAUGAAACAGAAAAAGGCGUGCUGAUUCAAACAUUGAAAGGUCAUAAAGAUACUGUUUACUGCGUAUGCUACGCAAGAGAUGGAAAGAAAUUCGCCUCGGGUGGUGCGGACAAGAGUGUAAUCGUGUGGACAUCGAAACUCGAAGGAAUCUUGAAAUAUUCCCACAACGAUGCAGUCCAGUGCAUGCAGUUCAAUCCAGUAUCCCAUCAGCUGGUCAGCUGCUCGAUAUCCGACAUCGCUUUUUGGUCAUCCGAGCAGAAGGCGGUGCAGAAGCACAAGUCUGGGGGUCGAGUGAAUUGCUGCGCCUGGACGAGGGACGGACAGUACCUGGCAAUUGGUUUGGCAGCUGGUUACGUAUCCAUACGCAAUAAAAAUGGUGAGGAGCAGACAAGAGUCGAGAGAUCAGGUGCAACAUCGAUAUGGAGCCUGUCAUGGGGUCCUCUGAAGGACGACUCCAAUAUGGAUGUCCUCUGUAUUGCAGAGUGGGGUGGAACCAUAUCCUUCCACAGCCUCUUUGGCAAACAAAUCGGUCGAGAGCGGAUUGUUAAUUUCAUUCCCCUGAAAAUCGUGCACUUCCCCGAGGGACAGUAUCUCCUGGUAGUUGGAAGCAAUAGAAAAUGUCUCCUGAUGACCCACGAGGGGAUUCAGCUGUCGACAGUGGGUGACAGUUUCUCCUCUUGGGUGUGGAGUUGUGCAGUUCAUCCAGCUUCGAGUCAUGUCGCUGUUGGAAGUCAAGAUGGUAAAAUUACGUAUCUCCAGAUGACCUGGAGCAUUGUCCACGGCCUCUAUGGGGAUCGUUACGCCUACCGUGAGAAUAUGACUGAUGUUAUAAUUCAGCAUUUGACCACGAAUCAAAAGGUUCGCAUCAAGUGCAAGGAUUUGAUACAGAGGAUUGCAGUUUAUCGAGACAAAUUGGCAGUUCAGUUGCCGGAACGAGUGAUCAUUUAUGAGCCAUCUGGUACAAAUGACAGUAUGCAUUAUAGAAUUCAGGAGAAACUCCCUCAGACGCUAGACUGCAAUCUCCUCGUAGUGACGUCCAAUCAUCUGGUUCUGUGUCUUGAGAAACGACUGCAGAGUGUAUCAUUCACUGGAGUCGUCGAGAGAGAGUGGAUCCUGGACAGUCCCAUAACGUAUAUCAAAGUGGUUGGGGGGCCUGCAGGCAAGGAAUGCUUAAUCACAGGCCUGAAGAGCGGUCAAGUCAUGAAGAUUUACCUGGACAACCCCUUCCCUGCGCACCUGGCGAAGGUUGAAGGCCCAAUUCGAUGUUUGGACGUGAGUUCACUCAAAGAAAAAUUAGCUGUUGUCAGUGAGAAUAAUACACUAUCAGUAUUCGAUCUCUACACAGAAGAGAAACUUCAGGAGUUCUACGACGUCACGAGUGUUGCUUUCAACCGCGCCUUCGAGGACAUGAUGUGUUUCUCAGGUAGAGAUUACCUGGCGACAAAAGUCGCCAAUUUUCCAGAGUAUAAACAGAAAUUCUGUGGAUUUGUUGUGGGCCACAAUGGAUCGAUAGUCCACUGCAUAAAUGGCACGAACAUCAUCAGGGUGGAGGUUCCUCUGUCCUCGACGAUGUACCAAUAUCUUGAGAUUGGGAUGUUUGAUGAGGCUUAUGCAAUCGCCUGCCUUGGGGUGGCAGAGAGUGAUUGGUUGGCCCUGGGAAUCGCAGCUCUCGAUAAAUUGGAGUUGAAGAUAGCUCAGGCUGCAUUCGCAAGAUUGAAGAAACUCCGUUACAUUGAAAUUGUGUCUGACAUUGAGGAGAAGUUGAAGUCUGGGGAAUGGGGAAAGGAAGCCUGCAUGGCAACAGCUGCAGCUGCCAUGGGUAGACUUCGAGAGGCUGCGAGACUGUAUCAAAAAGCUGGAUUACAGCAAUAUGCUCUUGACAUGUACUCAGACCUGAGGAUGUUCGAUAUAGCUCAAGAAUUUAUAGCCGCUGGUAACACUCAGGAUCGAACGGUUCUUCUUCGGAAGCGUGCGGAGUGGGCUAAGAGUCUGGGAGAGCCUCGAGCAGCUGCAGAGAUGUUCCUGGCAGCUGGGGAUGUUCAGAGAGCCAUCAACAUCAUUGCUGAGUACGGCUGGAUUGAUAUGCUCAUCAAAGUGGGAAGACAAUUGGAUAAAGCUGAACGUGACAGUCUCUCCAUAAUUGCCAAGAAGCUGAAACAGCUGGGGGCAACCCAUGGAGCAGCUGAGAUUUUUAGUCGUCUUGGGGAUGAUCCUGACGUCGCUGAUGUCCUCGUUGAUGCUCAGGCCUGGCCAGAGGCCUUCGAACUUGCCGAGAGAAAUCCUAAACUGAAGUCCAGAGUUUAUGGGCCCUACGCGAGGUGGCUGGCGGAGACUGGUCGAUUCUCAGAGGCCCAGAGGGCAUUUCAAACUGCUGGACAACCUGAAGAGUCCAUCAUCGUACUGACAACGUUGGCUAAUAAUGCAGUGUGCGAGAGACGAUUCAGGGAUGCCUCUUAUUUUUACUGGCUUCUCUCUCAGUUGAGUUUAGAUUUGAAUAAAAAUACUGAGGAGAUAAAAAUUGUUUUUACUGAGUAUGCGGACAAAGCCGAUGUGUAUUACGCGUAUUAUGAAGUGUUCAAGUACAUGGAAGAGCCUUUCACCUCGUUGAUGCCUGAGGCUCUUUUCAAUAUUUCUCGAUUUCUAUUAAUGAAGAUUCAGGGAAUGCGGGUGGAUGGAAUUUCUAAAUUGACGAUAACUUAUGCGCUAGUGAAGCAAGCGAGGAUCUUGGGGGCUAAUAAAUUAGCGAUGCAACUAUUGGAGAGAUUGAGGGGAAUGAAAGUUCCGGAGCAUCUUCAGGCGCAAAUUGAAGUGGCCACUCUGGGGGCCAGGGCUUAUCAGUACAGAGAUCCUGAGGAGCUACUUCCACUCUGCUACAGGUGUUCAACUUUCAACUCACUGUUACCAGCGAACAACACUUCUAGCAAUAGAUGUAUACAAUGUGGCCUCAGAUUUCAGCACUCGUUCGUUAUGUUUGAGACUCUACCUCUUGUUGAAUUCGAGCUCGAUAAUGCUAUCACCGAUGAAGAGGCUGAAAGAUUGAUUGAGGAACCUGUGCCCUCUGCUGAUAAUUCUACAGUCGUUGAGAAUCAAUUGACGAUUAAUAGUAAUGAGGCUGAUUUAUUCACUGCGAGGCUGAUUAAAUUCGAUGAUAAAACCAAUGAUUCUGUGGUGAAGGUGGGACGAGGGGUUCUCAGGAGCAUGGAACCGUCCAGUGUUUUGAUUGUCAAGUGGCCUGAACCAUUCAAGACUCGAUACUACAGGAAUUUACUCACUGAUUUACAGGUUACGUUCUGCAAAUCAUGUCUGAGGUUUUUCCAUGCAGACGAUUACGAAUUGGCACUUCUUCGCCACGGGCACUGCCCCUUCUGCAGGGUCUCAAGCUCGUCGGUGAAUUGAUCGUAUUCUAGUUUAGAGAUCACGUCACGUACCUGAAUUUACAAAAUUUGAUAGAAUUUAUCAUGAAAAACCGAAAAUAGUGAAAUAAUUGAAAUAUUUUAUGUAACAGUG